AUGUCUGUUCUGGUUUUCCGUUGGAACGACAUCAAUGUCACAGUCCCCGAUAGAGCCACUGGGAACCCUAUUAAUCUCUUGACAGAUGCAUCUGGGGAAUUGAAAGCCGGAGAAAUGAUUGCUCUUAUGGGUCCAUCAGGUUCAGGUAAGACUACUUUAUUAAACGUCUUAGCCCAUCGUGGCAUCCCACCGAAAGCAUCAAGCUCUGGAAGUAUGACCACUAAUCUUGGGAAAGUUACCUCCAGAAACAUCAGCAAGUUCUCUGCUUAUGUUGAACAGGAAGACUCUUUGAUCGGGUCCUUGACGGUGAUUGAAACUGUAGAUUUCGCAGCCAAGUUCACAGACUCUGAAUCGACUGCUUCGGAAAGGAAAGAAAGAGUCGCUGAAAUCAUUGCAUCCUUGGGGUUGAAAGGUCAAUCUGGCACUAAAGUCGGCACUCCACUCCAGAAGGGGAUUAGUGGAGGCCAAAAGAGACGUCUUUCAGUCGCAGCACAAGUGAUUACCCAACCUUCAGUGUUGUUUCUUGAUGAGCCAACCUCAGGACUUGAUUCCACGGCUUCUCACAAGGUCAUUCAGUCUAUAAAACAUCUUGCAGCCGAGAACAACAUGAUGGUCAUUGUUUCUAUCCAUCAGCCAUCUACAGCCACGUUUGACUUGUUUGAUAAGGUGUUGUUCCUCUCCAAGGGUAUCACCGUCUACAACGGGAAGGUGUCUGAGGUAUGCGACUACUUCAACACCGUCACACCGUACCCUAUUCCUACUCACUACAACCCUGCGGAGUUCAUUUUGGAGUUGAUUAACACCGAUUUCAAAUCCGAUGGCGAUGACGACGACGACAACAACAAUGAUAAUAACCAGGCGGCCCUUGAUAAGGUUCAAGUGGUGCACCAAUUGAAGAGUCUCUGGGAUGACAAGAGACCACGGUACUCAAUGUCCGAGGAUGACACUGAAAAGUCAGCUGAUCCCUUUGACCAACAACCACAGGACUCCAACGCUGACCAACAACAACACCAUUCUGGAAUCAUCUACAACUUGAGACAAACUUACUAUUUGACCCACCGUCUCUUGAUCAAGUCUCGUCGAGACUUUUUGGCCUACUACGCCAGAGUAGCCAUGUAUUUGGGCUUGGCUAUCAUGAUGGGAACCGUCUGGCUUCGAUUAGGAACGCAACAGAAGAACAUUCAACCUUUUAUGAAUGCCAUCUUCUUCUCCGGUGCCUUUAUGUCGUUCAUGUCUGUUGCUUAUAUUCCAGCUUACUUGGAAGACUAUCAACUGUACAAGAAGGAACAUUUGAACGGACUUUAUGGUCCGUUUGCCUUUGUUGUAUCUAACUUCAUAGUGGGGAUCCCCUUCUUGUUUGGUAUCUCGUUACUCUUCUCCAUCGUCACUUAUUUCAUGUGCAACUUCAGACACUCUGGGUCUGGCUUUGGUAUGUAUUUGACUUGGUUGUUCAUUGAUCUUGUGGCUGCCGAAUCCAUGACCGUCAUGGUAUCAACUGCUUUCCCCAUGUUUGUGAUAGCCUUGGCAUUGACAGCCUUUAUGAAUGGUCUUUGGAUGUCUGUUGGAGGGUUCCUUGUUUCCACCAAUGUGUUGAAUGCCUUUUGGCGUUAUACUUUUUAUUGGAUCAACUACCAACGGUUUGUGUUCCAAGGUAUGAUGUUCAAUGAAUUUAAACCUGACAGAGUGUUUGAUUGUGGUAAAGGAUGCCAAUGUAUGUAUGCAUCUCCAUUACAAGAUCAAUGUAAGAUCUCUGGCGAUGCUGUGUUGAAAGCUGUUGGUUAUGGUAAGGAGGAUGUUGGGUUAUGGAUGGGUCUUACUAUUGCCUUAAUCUUUGCUUACAGAUUAGCUACUUAUAUCAUUCUUAAGAUUAGAAAGUAA